GUCAUAGUAACACAAGAACGCAGUUGUGGACAAGCAGCUGUAAAAAUGGAGCGACUAUUGAUUUGAGUAGAUUUGUGAAGUUCCUAGAAGGGUCCAGUUGGUUACUGCUUCAUUACCAGAAUGGGAGACGUACAUGUGGUCCGCAGUGGAAAGGUCUACAGACAGAUCUUUGAUGCUGAGAUGCAGCUGGUCAAGGCUCUGGGCGAGGCUCGCAGUAAAUCUUUCCCAUAUGGAGUCUCCCUGGACAGUGGGAAGAUUCCCCUGGUCCGGGAUCUCGACGCUGCGGCUGGGGGGAUUCUUUCACAGCGGCAGAGGCAGUGGGUGCAGGAAAUGCCGAACAAUACAGCUACUGAAAAUCCAGUGCUGCACAGAGAAGAGGUUUUAUCAGCCUUGAGACGAGCAAAGGAAAGUGAAGACGUGAUUGCAGCACGGGAGGUCAGGGGUCUUUCUGAUCCUGUCGUUGCUGAGAAACCGAAGUCAGGUAUUAUUCAGCGGCUGUCCCUGAGUAAGCAGCAGAGACACGAGGAUGCAGUGUCAAACCUACAGCAGGAACUCAUUCUGCUGAGUGAGGAUUUUGAACCCCUGUUUAUGGAAGCUGGAGAAGCACUGCUGGACAGGCUGUCAGAAUCUGAUGGUGAGAUCCAGCAAGUGUUCCAGAAGAUUGAAAGUGACUCUGAUCUGGAAAGUUUCACUCUCGAGGGGCUUCAUAAUUUAUGGGACUGUAUUACCCAUAUAUCACUCGAGAGAAGAAAAUGGAUCAAAGAUCUGGAUGAGACAUAUAUCAGUUAUGAGUCUAAGAGAGCUGCAAUGAUUGGAAACGUACUGAAAGCAUACACUGGGACGCUAGAGAAAAUCUCAUAUCUGAUGCCAUCUGAUGUUUACCGGUUUAUUGAUAAAGAAUCUAUGAUGAUAAACCAGGCGCUCCUGGCCAAUCGGAGAGCAGUGGGGAAGCUCUAUGUGAAUCUCAUGGAGCGAGACUUGAAGAGGGAGCUCUCGGAGCGGAGGAGAUGGAAGGAGAGGCUGCAGGACUGGAAGAAUAUCAAGAGACAAGCUGCAGUGGUGAAAUUCAACAAUUUUAUGAGCAGCAUACAGAACCAUGAGCCUGAGGCUGUGCAAAGGGAACUUGACUUGAUGAGGAAAACACAGGAAUUAAUGAGUGAAAGACGAAUGAAGAUUCUGCUGUCUCUAAGUGAUAUUUCACCUCCUCAGUGCACUAAGUCAAUGGCUUCAGAAUGGAAUUCAGCCCUGUCAGCAAUAAAUGAACAAAUAGAUGCAAUGCAUAUUGAUUAUAUGAAAAGAAUUCACUCUCACUUUGAAAGUCUGUGGCAGGACUGCUUGGAAGAGGUUGAGAAAUUCAAGGAAGAGAUGCUGAGCAAUCAUGUGUUGUCUGAGAAUGACAUCCAGUACAUUGUGAACAAUGAACUCCUUCAGCUGGUUGGGAGCUGUCAGCGCCAACGAGAGGAAGAAUUGGAAGCCAUGGAAAAAGAAUUUGAGGUGUUGGCCAACACUACCCGUGAUCAGAGUAAAGAACUGCUUAAGUUUGCUCGAGGGGCUGCUGACCUGUGGGAACUGCACAGUGCAGGGCUGGCGAGAAAGGAACAUCUUUUUCAAAACAAACUGGAUGAGAUCCGUGUCUGGCAUGACCAGGAGAACCAGGCAAAGGAAGCCAGCCUGGAUAUUCUGAUGGACAAACUGAGGCAGGAGAGCACAGAGGAGACUUUGAAGAGCGCUAUGGAGAAGACCUUUUGCUAUCUGGAUGAAAUCAAAACAAGCUAUCUAAAUUUCCACCAGAAACAGGUAGAUGCAGUGGAGUCGUACCCUGCAAUGGUAAAGGAGGAACUGCUGGAGUACUGCACAGCAGUCAGUGGUUACUUCAAUGUGAGGGAGAUCUUUAAGCAGGAAGAAAAAAGUACCCCAACAAGUAGCUCAACCUCAGAAAAUCUAGAUGCAGGAGUAAAACUGGAGAAGCACAAAAGACGAAGUACCUCAGCAGCAAUUCAAGAUGUACUUUCACAAGACAAAAAGAGAAGCACCACAACUGCAGUACCGAGUGGCUCGCUUCCAAAACAAGGAAACACGCUGCCCCCAAAAAAAGACGCCCCUCUCAUGGAUCAGAAGAGAAGGAAAAUGGAGAGUGAAAUCAGUAUUAAGGAUGAUUUCCAAACCACAGUGUUCACCACAUCCAGCGGGAACUCUUACACUUUGACAUGCCCUGAAGAUGUUAUGUGUGAAUAUCCUUAUCAGGGCAAACCACCUCCUUAUGUAGAAAAAGUCAUGCUGACAAGUAGUUUACUUUCAGAUCUGAUAAGAAGAACUAGACAGGAGUUCUUUGAACACAUGGAGCAUUGGUUUGACAAAGCGAUGUCCAACUCCAUGAAUAUUGUUGCUGCCAAAAAAGAUGAGCUGAAAUCCGAACUAGAGCUUCGAUACCAUCUUCAUCAGCCGAGGGCUCAAAGAAUCGAGAUGGACAUCCACAAUGUUAGAGCUGCUGAACUGGUGCUCCAUAGAGAACGAGUGGACAGGCACUGUACAGGGGUCAUUGAGGGUUUGAACAAUGUGAAGACUGAGCUUGUCACACUCCACGCUGAACAAAAGAAACUGACGGAGGGCUUCCGGAAGUACAUCUACGAUAUGGAAGACGUCUUUGUAAAUGCUACCAAGUCUGAAUGGCUAGCUUCACUUUGCGACUCUCUGCACACUGAUUUAGACAAGCACAUGAGUAUCAUCAGGGCAUCUUUGCGACAGUUCAGAGAGAAACAGGAGACUACGCUGGGAAAACUGAGAGACUCCAAUGCAGAGUUUAUCAAAUCAAUUAGGUUAUUUUCUGAAGGAGGAAAUUUUACACCUGAUGAAUUUGAAGUAUUCCGAAAACGUCUGGAUAAAAUAUCAGGCCGAAUCGACAGUACAGAAGAGUUUGUGAUGUUAGAACUGGAGGGAAUGGAGUCAAAACGUCUUGGGCAGGCGACCGAGGUGGUCCAUAAAUUUGAAGAUAAAUUCCACAACCUGACAGUGGAUCUGAACUUCAUUGAAAAAAUCCAACGAUUUCUGAUAAACACACAAGUCAAGAUAAAAUUGGAGGUGACAAAGAGUAACUUUCAGGCAGAAACUCUAAGCAGCUACCUGGAACAGUUCCAGGAGAAGAUAGAUGCAUGUGCCAAGCCAAGGGUUGACAAGGAGACAGUAACUCCCGAUGAGCUUUACAGUUUUACCCAGAUGAUCAUGGAAGAAUUCAAGAAAAGGAGCACUUAUCUUAACUGCUUGCUGGAGCUCCCCUCCGGAUCCAGUGUGCCUGAGAUUCCCUUACAAGGGCCCUUUGCUGCAGCCACUCGUUCUGAAAGACAGGAGAGCAAAGCCGGGUCCCAAUCCUGUGACAGUCUGCUGCAGCCCAGCAGGAUGGGCAAACCUGCUACAGAGGAUGUGGCUCUCGGAGUCAUCCACAGCAUUUUACAAACUCAGAAAUCCAAAGUCUAUCUUGAACUUGAAAAAGCACCAGAAGAGAGAAGUCCGUCAGGAGUGCAACUGUCUUCACCGCAUUCGCCUAGCACGACUGUUUUGGGCCAGAAGAAAUCUCAUACCUCCAGCAUUAAUCUGAAAACUGAUAUAAUUCUUAGGAAAGCCUCAUCUACAGGUGUCAAAAGAUUCUCCAAACCAACACGAUUUGAUAAAAGAUUCCAGGUUUUCGGAUCCAAGCCUGAAGAAGAGCAGUUUCAUUUCAAAGGCAUUGUAUGGAGUAUUCUUUGGGAGAGCAAUGAUGCCCUGCUGUUAGUGGCUGAGGAAUUUUACAAGAAAAAGGAGAAACGGGCCAUUACCAGGCCAGAAUAUAUCCAGGAGACCUUUGAGAACUCUGCAGAGAUGUUAAACCAGAAACUACUGUCCUAUCACUCCCAGGCAGAGGAAUAUCACAAUGUCUGCUUGCAAGAUUUCAGAGAGCAGUUAAAGCAGUUUGAACAGCAGCUGUACCAUGUGCCACCUCUCCUUAUUGCUGAACUCACAAAGAAACACCUGGACCAGCUGACGGAGACCACAGCUCAAAUCCACCACAGCUUACGUGAGAGACUACAAGAGAGCAUCAACAGACAGUCUGAGCAUUGGGACAGUUUGCGGCCAACGUUGGGUCACCCAGGAAAUUUAAAUCAACUGGAGAGUCUGUGUAACCUGGAACAAGAGAGACUGAGGGAACAUCUGACUGCAGUCGACAUCAGCAAAAAGAAUCUCCAGGACUGUGUGAUUAAGCAUGCAGAGGACUUUGUGACAGCUCUUGCCUCACUCACCGAAAACAUGCUGCUCAAACUGGAUGACUUUCUGACGGUCGACGAUAUUCAAACUGGAACAGUUGAAGUUACGAAAGCAAAGACGACUUCCCUCAUCAGGAGAAAAAAAGCAGGGCUUCCUCUGGAGGACAGAGUGUAUAUACCAUUAACUCAGAGGGGGAGCAGAACUUGGCCAGGGAUCCUAUACUAUGAGACGAGAGCCAACAUAAAUGACGAAAAGCUCACCAGAGAAACGGCUUCCAUUAAAACAGCCAAGACGACGCUGGGCCAUGUAUCAGCAAUGGAAGCGAGAGACUCCGCAUAUCAGAAAUAUCAGAGGGAGUAUGAGAAGGAGCUUGCAAGGACAGAGGAAGAGCCAGAAGCCCAGCGGAUCAGUGCCACACACCAGGAGACCAGGUGGAAGGAGUCUGUGCUGAAAAUCAAACAGCUGUAUUCGUGAAGGUGCUGCACGGUCUGUUAACUGAGCACUACAAGAAAGGAUCUCGGCUCACCGCUUCCACCCCUACGCUGACUCGGGAG